ACUGGUAGUCAGAUUGUUGAUUUUUUUUUUUAAGUUUAAAAAAAAUGGAGGAAGAAGACGGAGAUCAUGAUUUUUUAUUCAGUGCUGCAGCUCAGUCAACCGACAGACAUGAAAGAGUAAUCGUUCAUAUUGACAUCGAUUGCUAUUAUGCCCAAGUUGAAAUGAUACUCAAUCCAUCGCUGCGUGGCAAACCACUCGGUAUAAAACAGAAAAAUCUUGUUGUAACCUGCAACUAUGAAGCACGAGCUCUGGGCGUCGAAAAACUUAUGACGAUAAAGUCUGCAUUGGAAAAGUGUCCUUCAUUGAUACUGGCAAAUGGGGAGGACUUAAAAAAUUAUAGAGAGAUGUCAGAAAAGAUUUAUAAGGUGCUUCAGUCAUACAGCCCUUUUGUAGAGAAACUUGGCCUGGAUGAGAACUUUGUUGAUGUAACUCAUAAGAUCGUGAAGUCCCCAGAAGUUCAACAUGUUAUUUCUGGACACACUUUCCAUGACAGCGAAGAUAUUUGUACAUGUGGUUGUACUGAAAGACUAGCACAAGGAUCACUUAUUGCCCAGAAAAUGAGAGAUCAUCUUAGAGAUGAAUUGGGAAUCACUUCCUGUGGUGGGAUUGCUUUUAACAAGCUUUUAGCUAAGCUAGUUGGAACAACUCAUAAACCAAAUCAACAGACAACAUUGCUUUCAACUUCAUCCUUAAGUCUGAUAAAAUCAUUGAAGCACCUAAGAAACAUUCCCGGGAUUGGCUCAGCAAUCAACAGAAAACUUGAAGUGCUUGGCAUUAAUACAAUAGAGAAACUACAAUCUGCAGAAAUGUGUAAACUUACGGAAGCACUUGGAGGCAAAACAGCUAACCAAAUUCAACAACUGAGUUUUGGCAUAGACAACAGCCAUGUGAAGAUAACAGACAGACCAAAAUCAAUUGGAGCUGAGGAUGGCUUUAUCCCAAUCAGAAGUGAGGGUGAGGUCCGGAAGAAGCUAAGUUGUCUGUUAAAUCGGGUUUUGGAGUUGGUUGAGAAAGAUGGUCGCAAACCAUGUCAGCUCAAGCUGACAGUACGAAAACUACAUCCCUCGAGCCACAGUGUAAGAGAGAGUCGUCAGACGACCAUAGAAUAUGGAACUGGAACUGGUAGUAGCACACAGCAGGGUCCAGGAGACGAAAAACAAAAAAUGAAGCUAAUGACAACCUUAAUGAAUCUUUUCGAAAGGAUCAUCGACUGUGACGUUUCAUGGCAAGUUACAUUGCUUGGCAUCUCAUUUUCGGGUUUCUCAUCCGGAAAUAGUGAAAGCCCAGCUAAAAACUCGAUCAACAAAUACUUCCCCGUGAAAAAAAGUCCAUUGCGAUCAGAGGAACCCCUACCGCCAUCCAAGCGUUGUCGCUUUGACGAAUCCGUACUUCAAGAAUUGCCACCAGACAUUCGCCAAGAAGUGCUAGAAGAUAUGCAAAACCAAUUGCCUUCGCCCGACCCACAAAAGCCAACCGAUUCUGAUUGUCCAAAAGGAGUCGAUCCGCUGGUCUUUUGCGAACUUCCCGUGGAAAUCAGGGAAGAACUCUUAGCAGAGGAAAGAACGAAAAAGCAAACUACCAUAAAAAAAUCUAACAAUUUGUUACAGUACUUUCGGAAAGCGUCCUAGAACCAUAGAUCACUAUCAAGAAAUAGCCCUCGAACGAUUUACUUGAUUUUAUUCAACCAAUCUUUCUUGGAAUGGCUCAUUAUUUACCUCUCUUGCAGGGUCCAGGAGUCGGUCAGGGUCUUGGAGGGCCUCCAAGAGGGUACAGACACCCUUCAUUUGUACCUAUUAUGCCUUUUUUGGACAAGAACGUCGUCGAAUUUCAAUUGGGUGUCAAAUUGUGGUAUCCUACCCGACCACAAACAAUUGGUUUUAUACAAGCAUAUUCGGUUGGUUUUCGAUAUUAGCAGUAGGAUUUCGUUGGCUGUCCUAAUUGCCAUCCCUGGCUUUGGAAUUUCUACCUCAUUUACCCAAGUUUUAUCCCUAUUUCUGCUCUGAAACUUGAUCAUUGUUGUGUUUUGUUUAGAGUCAGUAUUAGUUCUCGUUUGGAAGACAAUGAUAAAAAUGAGCACAUCAGGAACCCAGAAUUAUAUUGCAACUUCGAUCUGUACGCAGAAACUGGCGAACCAAGUUGCUAUCGUUUUCAAUUCCUAUUUUCGGCCAGUAGCAAUGAUUCCAUUUUCUGUCUUCCCUACCUGGAAGACAGAAAAUGGAUUUAACCUUCGGCACGAACGGUAUGUGAACCAUUGCAAUGUUUUCGAGCCCUGGCUGAUAUUCUUCUAUUCUUUUCUGAUCGUCUAAAUGUUUGGUUAAUAGAAGACAGGUGGUGUAUAUCAAA